GUCCUUUAGGUGGCAGCACCUCGCCAGGUUUGGGAGCCAGGAUGGAAAAGAAAAAGCCACCGCUUCCAAAAUAGAGGUCACCAAGGGAUGUGGCUUUCCUUGGGUGUGGUGGCGGGCGUCUCCUCCGAGUAUCCCACCCCCAAAGAAGAAGCCUCCGGAGAGGUCCACCGCUGGGGAAUCGGGAGCAGUUUCAAGGCCUAGCCUGCCUGGCUUUGGAAAACAAGGACAUCUGGAGAUGCAGAUUCAUUCAUUAUUUUUCAUCAAAAGAGCCUGGAAUGAUGGAUUCUCCUCAUUCAUAUUAACCGCAGCUUGAAGGCAAGAAGGCCAAAGCCCUGCAAACAGGAGCAAAAACCUCUUGGACCUCCUGCAGAAAAGGGAGCUUUUUUGGCCUGGGGUCCUCUUCCCCUAUAAUGUUUCCAGUGCUUUAGUGAACAGAAGACGGCUGUGGUUUGGGAGCAAAGGAAAGGACCUGCACACCUUGUCCUGCCUUGCAAGAUUGGCAUCUUUCUCAGCAACUCCAGGAACAGAGGGGCCUUGACAGGGAGAGGAAGCCAAUUCUGGAGAGACGGGACCCACACCAUUUCCUCAGAGGUUGUCCCUUUUGUGAUGAGCGUGGGAAGCGACCUGGCGUGUGUGGCAACCCCCUUUUGCGCUUUCGAGGGUGAUCCGGGCACAUUUUGAGCCUCUGGCAUAAUCCAACUGAUUGUUCCCUCCCUGUCUCUCAAAAGAACCCAACAUACAACAGAUAUCCUUCUCCUCUCUGGACUAAGAACUACAUCUCUGCCAAGGAUGCCCACCACUUCGUCUCCGGAGGAGGACUACUGGAUCGAGGCAUCCCGGAGGGAUGUGGCUCUCCAAGACUUCUACCUCGUGGGUCCCGAGUUGGGCAGGGGAGCCACCUCGGUUGUCUUCAGCUGCGAAGAGAAAGGGACUCAGGUCCAGUAUGCAGCCAAAAUACUGAAGAAAACCGUGAGUAUUGAUAAGAAGAUCGUUCGAACCGAAAUUGGGGUUUUGCUGCGUCUCUCGCAUCCAAAUAUUAUCAAACUCAAAGAGAUCUUUGAAACCCCUGUGGAGAUUGCACUCAUCCUUGAGCUGGUGACAGGUGGUGAAUUGUUUGACAGGAUUGUUGAGAGGGGCUUCUACAGUGAAAGAGAUGCGGCUCACGUAGUGAAACAAAUCCUAGAAGCGGUGUCUUAUUUGCAUGCGAAUGGUGUGGUCCACCGUGACCUCAAACCAGAGAACCUCCUCUACGCAGAUCUCUCUCCAGAUGCCCCCCUCAAAAUAGGGGAUUUUGGGUUAUCCAAGAUUGUGGAUGAGCAGGAUACUAUGAAGACUGUGUGUGGCACUCCGGGAUAUUGUGCCCCUGAAAUUCUCCACGGCUCGCCAUAUGGCCCUGAAGUAGAUAUGUGGUCCGUAGGCGUCAUAACAUAUAUCUUGCUAUGUGGCUUUGAACCGUUCUUUGAUCCAAGGGGAGACCAAUACAUGUACAGCAGGAUCCUAAAUUGUGAUUACGAAUUUGUGUCUCCAUGGUGGGAUGAGGUGUCACUCAACGCCAAGGAUCUGGUGCAGAAGCUGAUAGUCUUGGAUCCCCAGAAAAGGCUCACAGUGCAGCAGGCGCUCGAACACCCCUGGGUGACAGGCAAAACAGCCAAGUUUGCCCACAUGGACAGCACCCAGAAGAAACUGCAGGAGUUUAAUGCCAGGAGGAAGCUGAAGGCUGCCAUGAAAGCUGUGGUUGCCUCUGGCCGCCUGGGCAACCAUGCCCACUAUGAGGGCUCCAAAAAUGGCCGCCAUCAGGAUGCCUCGAAAAAGCCUCAGGGGGCAGGAAGCACUUCCCUCAGUGGCAGCAACGUUUACAAAGGGGAACUCACCGGGCUCAGCGCGCAAGAUGUGGAUGCUGCAAUGUCAGUUUCUCCAUCCACGGUGGAGAAGCAAGAUGGCUUCCGAAGUGAGGGUCAAGUCAUGCUCAAUGGUGGCAGCUGCAACAGUUAACCAAACUCCAGCGCUUUGAUCCAUGCCAGCAGUAAGUUCAAGGGGUUAAAGUCUCCCUUCAUGAAGAUGAAGACGGGCGUUGAGAAGGAUGGUGGACACCUGCCAGGUUGAGAAAGUGUUCAGACAAAGGAGAGAAACUGCUACUGAAUGCCACCAGACAUUAAGAAGACAUUUCACAGCUGUGUGUCUCGCUUUCCCUCCAAAGAUUCUUUUUCAAGAGACAUUUGUCCCGUUCCACAGAUGAUCCCCUUCUACAAACAUGCUAUCCUCUCCUUUCUACUUCCUCUUUUAAACAUUUAACCCAACUUAACUCACAUCCCACUCUAAACACUUUAAUUACCUUUUCCGAGCAACAUAUGUUUAAAUUUUAUCCCAUCCGUGUUGUCGAAAGCUUUCAUGUCCAGAAUCACAGGGUUGCUGUGGGUUUUCCGGGCUGUAUGGCCAUGUUCCAGAAGCAUUCUCUCCUGACAUUUCACCCACAUCUCUGGCAGGCAACCUCAGAGGUUGUGAGGUCUGUUAGAAACUAGGCAAGUGAGGUUUAUAUAUCUGUGGAAUGUCAGGCUUUGAAGAUACAAGGUCAUUCAGUGCUAAUCAAGGUGGCCAGUUGCAACAUUCACACUUGCCUCAAACUGACAAGAAUUCUUUCUCCCACUCUGGACAUAAUUCCACAGAUAUAUUAAUCUCAUUUUCCUGGUUUCCAACAGA